GUAUCGGCGCGUGAACAGAGAAAGAAGCACACCUGUUGGGCAGCUGCAGGUGAGCCGGGAGAUUGGAUACAGGCAAUUUGACAGAUCAAAAGGAUUUUUGGCGAGUGGCAGCCGUAGUGAAACGUAAAUUGCAAGAAUCUUGCCUGAAAAUGGAAUUUGAUAAAAUGAAGUCCUCAGCCGCACUCAUGUACGAUGAGUUCAUCCAAAAUGCAGACCGGCGAACAGACACCUGGUUCCUGAUGUCGUCUCCUCUCCCCCAAACAAUCGUCAUCGCAGCGUACAUUUACUUUGUCACGUCGCUGGGGCCUCGGAUGAUGCAGAACCGCAAAGCCUUCGACCUCAAAGGAGUUCUAAUCGUCUACAACUUCGGCGUGGUGGCUCUCUCGCUCUACAUGUGCUAUGAGUUUGUCAUGUCCGGAUGGGGAACCGGCUACUCUUUUCACUGUGACCCGGUCGACUACUCAGAUUCUCCACAGGCUUUGAGGAUGGCGUCAACAUGCUGGCUUUACUACUUCUCAAAGUUCAUUGAGAUGUUGGACACGAUCUUCUUUGUGCUGAGAAAGAAGAAUAGCCAGGUGACAUUUCUUCAUCUCUUUCAUCACUCAAUCAUGCCCUUCACCUGGUGGUUUGGAGUUCGGUUUUCUGCAGGUGGGAUGGGGACAUUUCACGCCCUGCUUAACUGUAUCGUCCAUGUUAUCAUGUACUCUUACUACGGCCUGACUGCUUUGGGCCCAAACUACCAGAAGUACCUGUGGUGGAAAAAAUACCUGACUACCAUUCAGCUGAUCCAGUUUGUUAUGGUGACAAGCCACAUCUCCCAGUAUUUCUUCACAAAGCACUGCGCCUACCAGUUCCCCAUCUUUGUCUACAUCAUCGGCUCGUACGGCCUGAUUUUCCUGUUCCUCUUCCUCAACUUCUGGUACCACGCCUACACCAAGGGCAAGAGGCUGCCUAAAGUACUGCAGAAUCAGACAUGGGCGCACCACAGCAAUGGAGUUAUGAAUGGAAACGCCAGUCAUGAAAAAGAUGAGUGAUGCAGGCUGGGGGGAGGGAGGGAGAGGGGGGGGUUGGACCUCAUUUAUGUAAGCAAACUACUGCAGUGGGACUCAACCCCAUUAGUUUGGACUGUAUUUUCUGUUUUCUACUUGCAAAGACAAUCUUUAAUGACCAAAGCUCUAUUUAAGAGGUUUAUUGACUCAAGCUGAAGGGUUUUAUCUUGUGUAUAUAUUUUUUUUUUGUUUGUUUACAAUGAAGGUAAAGCCCAAGUUCUGCUAUGAAGUUUCCAAAUAUCCCUCCUUUCUGUUACAGUAUGGUUUUAAAAAGAAUUUCAAGCGUCCGAAAUCGACUCCCACUAUUCACACUCACUAUAGGGCUUCACCUAUGGUAAGACUGUGGGACCCUCGGCUAUACAGUCAAACAUGGCUUCCUCAAAAAGCUUCUAAUGAUAUCGUUUUAACUUUUGUGACUUGAUCUUAAGACUUUUCAGGAAAUCCAGUUUAGGAUUUUUUUUUAAAGUUGUGCACUGAAAAGUUGUCUUUCACCUGGCCCCCAAAAAAAAAAAAAAAAAAAAAUUACUUUGACCGUUCCAAGUCAAUAUUUUUUAAAAUGGUGUUCAGGCUAUACAUGUUAAAUGGUUGCAUGCAUGCACAA